UCGCACCUGGGGGGGCGGGGAGAAGAGAGGGGAGGAGGGAGCCGCCGCCAUCUUGUGUGAGGGAGCGACCUGACCAGCCAGGGAGGAAGGAGGAGGGAAGCAGCUCGCCAGCCGCCGACCUACCGUGGAGGAGCCGCCAUGAACCCUGAGUAUGACUACCUGUUCAAGCUGCUAUUGAUUGGCGACUCCGGUGUGGGGAAAUCCUGCCUCUUGCUACGGUUUGCUGAUGACACCUACACAGAAAGCUACAUCAGCACCAUCGGGGUGGACUUCAAAAUCCGCACGAUCGAACUGGACGGCAAAACCAUCAAGCUGCAAAUUUGGGAUACAGCCGGACAGGAACGGUUCCGCACCAUCACCUCCAGCUACUACAGAGGAGCUCACGGCAUCAUCGUGGUGUACGACGUAACAGAUCAGGAAUCCUACAAUAACGUGAAGCAGUGGCUGCAGGAGAUCGAGCGCUACGCCAGCGAGAACGUCAACAAGCUCCUCGUGGGCAACAAGUGCGAUUUGACCACGAAGAAGGUGGUGGACUACACGACUGCCAAGGAAUUCAUGGCUCCCAGGGAUUCCCUUCCCUGGAGACCAAGCCUCGAAGAACGCCACCAACGUGGAGCAGUCGUUCAUGACCAUGGCGGCCGAGAUCAAGAAGCGCAUGGGCCCCGGGGCGACGGCCGGAGGGGACAGACCCAACCUGAAAAUCGACAGCACUCCGGUCAAACAGGGCGGCGGCGGCUGCUGCUGAGGAGGAGGAGGGACAUAUGAUUGUAGGGGUGCGGGGGUCAGGGGCUCGGGGCAGGCUGGCGAGAGGGAGCCCGCCCUUUCCCGACUCCUGUCCGGCCCCCUCCCCUGCUUUUUUUUUUCUUCUCCGAAGGUGGCUUUCCCGGAUGAUACCUCGGCGGAGGGGGACGGGGCCUCCCUCCCCUUCCAGCUCAGCUGCCCCGAGCGCCGUUGAGCAUCCUCAGCCUGUUCUCUGGGUUUUGUUUUUCGUCAUUUAACUUUGGGGGUAGGGUGGGGGGCAUGGGCUCUGUACAGUACGAAAGCUUCCCCGCACGGGUUGGGUUGUGGGGGGGUGGGUGUGUGAGACGGUUUUGUGCGCACGUGGCCGUACCCUGCAGUUGGGAAGGCCCAGGCGACGGCGGGUUCUUUUGCCUUCAUUUGCACCCUUUCUGUCCUCCUCGUCUCUCUCCCGCCUCGUGCCCCGGUCCUCCUCCUGUCCAGAUGGUUUCUGAUCCGGGGCAGGGCUUCCAUCGGUUUCCCUUCAGUCUCCCUUUGUCUGUUGCCCUGCAGGCCUUCUUGGCUGUGCCGUGGACAGGCCAGGACUGCCGUCUGCUUCCCUUCUCCUCCCCCCCCUCCCCCGAUUGGCAUCGGAUGGGUGGUGAACCAAUGGUGGGCGAAGGCUAGAGGUGCAUUUGCGUGUUUGCCUCUCUCUAGUCUGGGGCAGGCACUGCGGCUCCGCCUGGUCACAUCUCCGCCCCGUUCCCUGCCCCUGCAUGUCGUCUCUGCGUCCCUCCUUGCCUGUGAAAGGGGAUCAGGCAUCUUCCCUCUUGACGCCUCCUUUCACCCUUUUCUUCUAGGUCUGCUUGCUCAUUCCUAGUCUUGCAUCUCCGCAGAUCCCCCCUUCCCCCUCCCCACCCUUUGCAUCAAGGUUGGACUUCAUGCUUGUCUCUAGUGGGGGGGAACGGGGGUACCACGGCCCCUCAUCAGCACAGAUUCCCGCCCCGGAUUUGGGCUUGGCAGGCGGCCUGUAUCACCAGAACACAAGUCAGAACGGGGGGGAUAUGGAAGGGUGGGUAGCUAGAGGCGGCAUUCUCCCAGUACCUGCAUUCCAGAGUUGAUGAAUGUAUGUUGGACAGCUGGGUGACCUCUGCCCCUUCUCCACACUUCAUAAACCCUGCCCACCCACCCCCCGUGAUCCCUGGCCCUAAAGCCUGCACUGCUUAUAACAUGGCCCCCUCUUCCACCGCUUGCACUUUUUUUUGUCCCUCGCAAGGCAUGCUUGGGGCCCACAGGCGAGCCUUCCCUCCCGACCGGUAAAUCGAGGCCCGUCCGUCCCCUGGUGCUGGGCCCUGGCUCCCGAGAAUGCUGUACUGUCGAUUUCUUUUUUUCUUUGGUAGCACCAGGAAGCUGUGUUCCUCCCUCCCCCUCCCCUUCAGCCACCUGCCCCGCCACUGCCCCGCCCCGCCCUUGAAUCUCUUCACCUCCCCACCCCCCACCCCUUAUUUAAAGAACAUCAGGUCCCCCGCUGGGCCAGGCAGUGGGUGGAAGGUUUGCUUGUCAGCUUUUUCUUUUUUUCACAAGUGAAAUUAAAAAAAUAUAAAUGAGAGGGAAAAAAAAUAAGUAAAAAAAAAUAAAAUAAAACGUGACCAGCCUCUGCAAAUGAGGGAUUUUCAGG